AGUUUACCAAUUUCUUUUACUCGCAAGCAAUGGCUUGUCUUGGAAGAAAAUUCUCGAGAAUUGGUUGAGUUCGUAAAUUUUAGUAUGUUUAAGAGAUGCAAUUAGUGCCUAGUGAUGAUGAUGAUCAUAGGAAGGAACAUAUUUUACUCGACGAAUCAACAUCCUCGAACGAAAUCGUAGCUGCGGAAAGAGGAGAUCGUGUUUUGGAGGAAGGACAAGUUUCAGAAAUAGCUGAGACUGAUGAUGACGAAACUACACUUCUUGUUUCUGGAGAUCAACCACAAUGUCGAAUUUGCCUUGAUGUUGGAGGGGAAGAUCUGAUUGCUCCGUGCAAUUGUAAAGGUACUCAGAAGCACGUUCACAGAUCUUGUCUCGAUAAUUGGCGCUCCACCAAGGAAGGUUUUGCAUUUUCGCAUUGUACAGAGUGUAGAGCCUUCUUCAAACUCCGAGCCAAUGUACCUGCUGAUAGAUGGUGGUUGAGAUUGAGAUUUCAGCUGCUGGUUGCUAGAGAUCAUACCUUCAUCUUCAUUUCUGUCCAGAUGAUUGUAGCAUUCUUGGGGUUACUAGUUUACAAAUUCUACGGUGAAGAACUACGAGAAAUGUUUGGUUAUGAGGAACAUCCUUAUGGGUUCUACACAUUGGCUGUUUUGGCUAUUGUCUUGGUAGGACUGCUAUACGGAUUCUUCAUCGCUAUAAUAUGUGGUCAAAAGAUCAACGAGCGGCAUUACCAUGUUCUCGCCAAACAAGAACUUACAAAGGAAUAUAUAGUGGAAGACCGCGACUGCAAGAAUGUUCCUGAGCUUGACCAGAGUCAUGUGAUGGAACUCAAAAUGUUGGGACUUUAUUGAACAUAUAGUACAAGGAAAGAGCUUGUUGGAUCUUUACUUUUCAUGUCACCUGUAAAUUAUAUUCU